AAGUGCGGGCGCCAGGGCGCCGCCUGCGCGCCCCGAGCGGCGCAGGGUGUACGCCGCAGCGAGCGCGGGCGUCCGGGGCUGGAUUCACGCAGGAAUAUCUCAGACAGAAACUAAUUGCAGAGGUUCCGGUUGACCAGCAUUCACAGGAAUGAAGACAAAUACAGAGAUGGUGUGUCUAAGAAAUUUUAAAAGGUGUAGGCCUCCUGAUUGAAGCAUUGUUGAAUUACUGGAAUCAUUUUUAUUGACUUUCUGUACUCCUACAGGGGAAGUCAUGAUUACACUAACAGAGCUAAAAUGUUUAGCAGACGCCCAGUCAUCUUAUCAUAUCCUAAAACCGUGGUGGGACGUCUUCUGGUAUUACAUCACCCUGGUCAUGCUGCUGGUGGCCGUGCUGGCCGGAGCACUCCAGCUCACGCAAAGCAGGGUUCUGUGCUGUCUUCCGUGUAAGGUGGAAUUCGACAAUCACUGCACUGUGCCUUGGCACAUCCUGAAAGCCAGUGUGAACACGUCCUCUGACCCUGGGACACCGCUUCCGCUCCCCCUCAGGAUCCAAAACGACCUCCACCGACAGCAGUACUCCUACAUCGACGCCGUCUGCUAUGAAAAACAGCUCCACUGGUUCGCAAAGUUUUUUCCCUACCUGGUGCUCUUGCACACGCUGAUCUUUGCAGCCUGCAGCAACUUCUGGCUUCACUACCCCAGCACCAGUUCCAGGCUUGAGCAUUUUGUGGCCAUCCUUCACAAAUGCUUUGAUUCCCCAUGGACCACCCGCGCCCUGUCAGAGACCGUGGCUGAGCAGUCGGUGAGGCCCCUGACACUCUCCAAGUCCAAGGUUUUGCUUUCAUCCUCAGGGUGUUCAGCUGAUGUUGAUGCCAAUAAGCAGUCAUUGCCCUACCCGCAGCCUGGCUUGGAGUCAGCUGGCAUAGAAAGCCCAACUUCCAGUGUCCUGGACAAGAAGGAGGGCGAACAGGCCAAAGCCAUCUUUGAAAAAGUGAAAAGGUUCCGUAUGCACGUGGAGCAGAAAGAUAUCAUUUACAGGAUUUAUCUGAAGCAGAUAAUAGUCAAGGUCAUUUUGUUUGUCCUCAUCAUAACUUAUGUUCCAUAUUUUUUAACCUAUAUCACCCUUGAAAUUGACUGUUCCAUUGAUGUGCAGGCUUUUACAGGAUAUAAGCGGUACCAGUGUGUCUAUUCCUUGGCAGAAAUAUUUAAGGUCCUGGCUUCGUUUUAUGUCAUUUUGGUUAUCCUUUAUGGCCUCACCUCCUCCUACAGCUUGUGGUGGAUGCUGAGAAGCUCCCUGAAGCAAUAUUCCUUUGAGGCACUGAGAGAAAAAAGCAAAUACAGUGACAUACCUGACGUCAAGAAUGACUUCGCUUUCAUCCUCCAUCUGGCUGAUCAGUACGAUCCUCUUUAUUCCAAACGCUUCUCCAUAUUCCUGUCAGAGGUCAGCGAGAACAAACUGAAACAGAUCAACCUCAAUAACGAGUGGACAGUUGAGAAACUGAAAAGCAAGCUGGUGAAAAAUUCCCAGGACAAGAUAGAGCUGCAUCUCUUCAUGCUAAACGGUCUUCCAGACAAUGUGUUCGAGCUAACCGAAAUCGAAGUGCUCAGCCUGGAGCUGAUUCCUGAGGUCAAGCUGCCCUCCUCAGUCUCACAGCUGGUCAACCUCAGGGAGCUUCAUGUGUACCAUUCGUCUCUGGUGGUCGACCACCCUGCCCUGGCCUUUCUAGAGGAGAAUUUAAAAAUUCUCCGCCUGAAAUUUACUGAAAUGGGGAAAAUUCCACGCUGGGUAUUUCACCUGAAGAAUCUCAAGGAACUUUAUCUGUCGGGUUGUGUCCUACCCGAGCAGCUGAGCACCAUGCAGAUGGAGGGCUUUCAGGACUUAAAAAACCUCAGGACCCUCUACUUGAAGAGCAGCCUGUCCCGGAUCCCACAAGUCAUUACAGACCUCCUGCCUUCCCUGCAGAAGCUGUCCCUCAAUAACGAGGGAAGCAAACUGGUUGUAUUGAACAACCUGAAAAAGAUGGUCAAUCUGAAAAGUUUAGAGCUGAUCAGCUGUGACCUCGAACGCAUUCCACACUCCAUUUUCAGUCUGAACAAUUUGCAUGAGUUAGACCUAAAAGAAAAUAACCUUAAAACUGUGGAAGAGGUCAUUAGCUUUCAGCAUCUCCAAAAUCUUUCCUGCUUAAAACUGUGGCACAAUAACAUUGCUUAUAUUCCUGCCCAAAUUGGGGCAUUAUCUAAUCUGGAGCAGCUGUUUUUGGACCAUAAUAAUAUUGAGAAUCUACCCCUGCAGCUUUUUCUAUGCACCAAACUACAUUAUUUGGAUCUAAGCUAUAACCACCUGACCUUCAUUCCAGAAGAAAUCCAAUAUUUGAGUAAUUUGCAGUACUUUGCUGUGACCAACAACAAUAUUGAGAUGCUGCCAGAUGGGCUGUUUCAGUGCAAAAAGCUGCAGUGUUUACUUUUGGGGAAAAAUAGCCUGGUGAGCUUGUCCCCUCACGUGGGUGAGCUGCCGAACCUUACUCACCUGGAGCUCGUCGGUAACUACCUGGAAACUCUCCCUCCUGAACUGGAAGCCUGUCAGUCCCUAAAGCGGAGCUGCCUGAUUGUCGAGGAGAAUUUGCUCAACACUCUUCCUCUGCCCGUGGCUGAGCGGUUGCAGUCGUGCUUGGAUAAAUGCUGACCUAAAAUGUCCUAACUUAUAAAGAUUAAAAAAUGGGGGAUAAUUAUGACUCACUAUAACCAAAUGUGUUAUUAAAGCAACUCGGUGUCAGGCCCUAAAUCAAGCAGGUAAAAAACGUUAACACGGAACUAACUGAGUUUUGUGAACAAAUUGAUCUUUCUUUUACUUACUGACUUGUAAGAAGUACACUUCGAGAGUGGAAUGGGGAACAUGAAGUUAUUGAACCUCUACUUUGCAGUUAUUACCUUGAAGAUUAUUCUGUCUUCUCCCUCCCCAGUCCCCAUUACUUAUUUGCACACUUGUUGUAACUGACUUCGUUUGGAUGUUUAUCACCUAGAUCAUAAACUCAUAUAAAUUUUCUUGAUGUACACUCAGCGCUGUCUUCGAUUUAUGUUCUUAGUUAUUUUUAGGCAGGGUGCCUUGUGCUUGGCCGAGUCCCGUCUUGGCUUCUUACUUCCUGUCCCAGCUCGCUCCAGUCCUCCUGCAUCUGGUUCUCUCUGAACAGCGAUGAGCCCUGGGAAAGUGCCUGCUGUUGGCCUUUGCGUAGGAGAAGAGCAGGGUACGUAGGGUUUGUCGCCCUUGGGACAUCCCGAAGAUUCAUGUAGUCUCUGAAAUUUCUUCUCAUGAAACAUCAAAUCCUUUUUUAUUUGCUAGUAUGUUUUUAUAUUAAAUGUAAAACAAGUAUUUUUAUUGUUCACUCAUGGAUCCCAAACCUGCAGGAAUAGUUUUUGUACGGUACGAAGAACACAUGCAUUGCUCUAAGGAUUUACUAUGAAUACUCUUGUGUUGGCUGCUUAUGAUUCUCAUACUUGUGUGCAUUCUCCACAGUGUUCUUUGUGCUCUGUGACUGGUUACUUUUGGAUCACAAAAGCCUGUGUUUCAGGCCCUGACACAUGGAGGGGUUUCCUUCUAAGAGGACGGCCACAUCAUCUGCCUCUCUCUUCCCCGUGGCUGUGCUGUUGUACGGGUGCAGUUCUUCACUACUUCAGAGACCGAUGGAGAGGAGAGGUAGAGAUUUCGAUCUUUAACACUGACUUCAAAAUACCUUGUAGAAAUUGAGUUAAAGCAAAAACUUUACUUUCUUCUCCAUCUGUGUGAUCUAUAGAUACAAUUAUAAGAACCGCCUCUAUUCAGAGUUUAAGAUGAGUUCUUAAGAUCACAAGGAAAUAGAUCUAUUUAACUGGAAUUUAUCUCACGCCUUUGUUGAACUUUUCUGGAAUACAUUUUGCUCCUUUUCAAAAAAGAGCUUUUGUGUUUGGCCUUUUAUCAUGCAUUGUUGUAAAGUGAAAAUGAACUGACUCAUUUUGGGGAAAUGUACGUUUUUACUGUGUUUUUCUCUAAUGGGUCUGGGCGUAAUGAUGCCGCCUGAGUCUGGGUGUAACUAUGAGGCAAUCUGUUAAGCGCCCGAGACAAAACUGGAAAACACUGUGGGUAAAAAGAACUGUGAUGUACGCUGUUUUUCUUGCUUUGCCCAUUCCAAAAAGAUGAAAGUGAGUCUUUAUAACACAGUGUAGCUUUGCUCACCUGUCACACACCCCUGGACUAAAUCUCAGAGAAAAGAAUUGUUCGCAUCAAAUGAAAUUGGAAUAAUAUGAGCUAUAAAAAAAAUAAGACACCAAAGGCUACCUAAACCUUAUUGUUUAUUCUAAAUGAGAAGAAAUGGUGUAAAAAUGUAAUUCUUACCAAAACUUGCCUUUAGUCAAAACAUUCAAGUUCUCAGGGACCCAGGCAUAACUGAUGAAACUUUCUUUUAGGACUUCGGAAAACUGUAUCUGAGGGCAGGGGGUGGGGGUUGCUAUGUGAGUUGGUGGUCAUUGGAAUGUUUCACGAUAGAUGUGUAUUCCUUCCAUUGUUAGGUAGGAUUAUCUUAAGUUUUGGACGUGACCGUGAUACAUGGAGAGGUAUUUAAAUGUUCUUGGAACUUAAAUGCUUUUGGACAAAUAAUUAGCCAUUAAUGCACCUGAAAAACUUCACCCCAUUUUUUCUGAACGAGCGUUCAAAACAAAUUUUACAUUGUUACCAUGACAAUCUAGAAGUUCACCAUGGCUAGUCGUUGGUUUUGUUCACAUGCAGAAGUCAUUGGCUAAACCUUCCUUAUCACCUCUCUGAAUUUCUGGACACAGGCUGCUAUCAGGAUCAAUAAUGAGUAUUAUAAGUGUGUCUCCAAACACAAGGGUAUAUAUAGUAACCAGUGCAAGUUCUGUUCUUGAUGCCAAAGUUUUUAGAUUUCUUUUUUAUGUCAUGACGUCUGACACACCAGUCUUUAGGUAGCUUUGGAAGUGACAGGGCACUGAUGGGAUGAACUCUGAGGCCACCACUUGACACUCAGCAUGAGUUUGAUGCCACCUUUACCACAUUGUUGGGGCAGGAGCAGAUCAUAUCAUAAGUGUUCAUAUUCUUUUAAGAGGAUUUUAAAUGAAGAAAAAUGAAGUUUGUUCACUUGUGAAAGUUAGUUGGUAUUUGAUUUCCAAUGAUGGCAGUGCAUUUUCCAAAACAAAAUAGAUGUGGGUGUUACUCAGAACAAAGCCGAUGGCCUGUGCUAGCAGUGGGGUGGGUUCAUUUACACGCACACAGGCAGAUGCACACACACACCCCAUGCAUGCAAAACAUAGCUUAUUAGUUUCGGAUGGGUUCGUGUUUCUCCCAGGGUUGCAAGAGGUUAAUGAUAAGAUACUCCUUUUUAUUCGUUACUUGUAACUAUGGAGCGUUCUAUUCCCUUGGUUAUAUUUAAAAGAAAACUGAACACUCAGCCUGAGUCUGAGAACCUAGGCGGUCUGGAGCAUUUCCGGUAAGUAGUGUUCUUUCCCCAGCCUCCAUCGGGGUACGUUCUCUGUGGUACGUAGACACUGUGUUUUCAUUCUUCAUCCUGUCUUGUUUUUUUCCCUUCAGACUUCAGCAUAUUUCAUGGUCACUUAACAAACGUUUGUGUGAAACAGGGUGAAUAGAGACCCUCGGAAUCCAGCUCCAUGGCACACGUGGUUCAGGCGUGUGCUGAGCGGGGCUGCAGCCUGUUAUCUGCACAACGUUGUUUGAUAGUGGAAAUAUUUGUAUUUGUUCUUAAAGUGUUUCAUGAUUCAAAUUUUGUAUGUUUAAUUAAAACACUGCAUAAUAUCCAUGGGUUCAGAAACUAUUAAAAUAAUCAAACAGUUA